CUGAAGAAUCUCCUCCUGUCACUGCAGUGUUUCCCUCUCCUGAUUAAAUGUGCCAUAAAACAUUGAAUCUUUCUUCACUUUACAAUGCUGGAACAAGCAGUGCAAAGAUAACCAGCUUUCUUCCAUCAGGGUUGCAGCGUAACACUUGGCAAAAGCCACGGAUCGCCCUUAGUCGGAGAUCCUGAAUGGCAACUUUUUGUGGGUGGGUUGCUCAAGAGUUGGGAAGCACGAACAGGUGAGGUGCUCACCACUGAGAGAGAAGGUGGUGGUGGCAUUCCUGCUCACACUUCGGGAGCAGCCGGAACAUCCUCUUCGGAACAAAGCAUCCAGUGACAAUGCAACAUAUACUCACGGUCUUGAACAACUGGUUUUGGUGGGAGGACAUGUGGAUGCCCAAAAAUUGUUCCUGGGCCAACUUCAAAGACCACGAUGGAUACGUUUUUCCCAAGCCACAGCAGCUAUUAGCCACGAUCCCAUAUGCCUUCGUGAUGUUGGCCAUUCGGUUCUUUCUCGAAAGAUGUUUCGCCAUUCCUCUCGCCAAUAUGUUGGGCAUAAAGAAAACAAGGCGCGUGAAACCUCAGCCCAACCCCACGUUAGAGGCUUUUUUCAAAGAGUGUCGAAAACCAUCGCAGUCAGAGAUACGCGGAUUAGCCAAAAAGUGUAAUUGGACGAUGCACCUGGUAGAAAAAUGGUUCAGGCGACGGCGAAAUCUAGAAAUCCCAACUUUACACAAGAAAUUCCAAGAGGCUUGUUGGCGAUUUGUAUUCUAUACUACCUCAUUUACGGCUGGAAUUAUAUUUCUCUAUGAUAAACCCUGGUUUCAUGAUAUCUGGCUGGUGUGGCUGAACUACCCAUUCCACUCCGUUCUGCCCUCCCAGUAUUGGUACUACAUGCUUGAGAUGAGUUUUUACUGGUCAUUGCUGUUUACUCUUGGAAUUGACACCAAAAGGAAGGACUUUAAAGCCCACGUGGUCCACCACUUUGCAGCCCUGGGCCUGAUGUUCUGCUCCUGGAGCGCCAAUUACAUCCGGCUUGGAACGCUGGUGAUGAUUGUCCACGACUUUGCCGAUAUUUGGCUGGAGGCUGCUAAGAUGUUCAACUACGCUCGCUGGGAGAAUACCUGCAGUGUCCUUUUUGUCAUCUUCUCCGUUGCCUUCUUCAUCACACGACUCAUUCUCUUUCCUUUUUGGAUCCUACGGGCUACGCUAUAUUAUCCUUCCUUGUAUACAGAUGUACUUGUUCCAGCGUACUUCUUCUUCAAUAUACAGCUGUUGAUUCUACAAGGUCUACAUAUCUACUGGGGAUACUUAGUCUUCAACAUUCUGAAGAAAUUCAUUUUUGUAAAGGUGCUCAGGAUUCCUAUCCCAGCUUGGGCUAAAAUAAGCAAUGACAAGAAUGUGAAAGAUGACAGGAGCGAUGAAGAGGAGGAAGACUCCUUCAGUGAUGCCGAAGAGGAGUACAUGAAAAAUGGACACAAGAACGGGUCGAGCCAUCCUCUCCUGAACAACAACCAUUAGCCCGUCGCCAGAACUGCUUCUCCGGCGCAGCAUCGCUUGCUGCAUCCGUAACCCAUACUGCGGUCGAGAGCUUAGCGUCAACAUCUUAACCAGAGUCCAUGAUUGAUUUUAUUGCCAGUCACUCGAGCUGGAAGAGAGCCCAUUUUUUUACGAGAGCAAACAUAAUUUGCUUAACUCUACAAUAUGUGUUUAAUGGCCCUCUUCUGAGUACACUAUAUCAGGCCGUACAUACAGCAAACAUGACCUUUUCAACUUUUUCAAUGCUCAGGAUGGUCUGGGAUAUUGUGGUUUGAAACUGAAUUGAUGGUACAUUCAUAUUUUGGUAACAGCCUUUGUAUAUUUUUUGCCAAGCCCCUAAUGUUUUAGCUUGAUUUGGGAAAUGUGGAAUGAGGGCAAAUUCCACCGACGCAUGGUUUUUAAUGCAGGGAGAAACCAGGCUACUGGAAUUCCUUGAGUAAAAUGUUAAGUAUUGUCAUUGAGCUUUGAGAUGGUUGAACAGAAGCUCUCCGAAGCUCUAGGUGCUCUUACUGGGAAAACCGGCUGAUCCCUAAUCCAUCUAAAACACAGACAUGUGCCUUUCACCUUAAGAACAGACAAGCAUCCCGAGCUCUGAGGAUUACCUGGGAAGGAAUCCCACUGGAGCAUUGCAGCACACCCAAAUACCUGGGAGUCACUCUGGACCAUGCUCUGACCUACAAGAAGCACUGCCUGAAUAUCAAGCAAAAAGUGGGUGCUAGAAACAAUAUCAUACGAAAGCUGACUGGCACAACCUGGGGAUCACAACCAGACACAGUGAA